AUGCAUUCGUCCACNAAAAAGUGGAAGGCGCCCCGGGUCAAGGCUCGUGAAGAGGGCCAACGCAGACUCAAAGGCAGAAAGCAUCUCUGUCCUGAAUCACCAUUCUUUACAGAACACUUCAACUUUCAGCAGCAGGAGACAAUCAUGCUCAAGGAGAAGGAGAUGUACCUUGAGAGACAUGUGCCCGUUACCAUUCCAGUCAAGCCUUUCGGUGGAAAGAUCUUUGCUCCUUUGGUGNNCUUGGAAGUCUUUAACGAAGACUAUCAGUACAGCGAUUCGGCAUCAAUGGAGGGAAAGUUCUUACAGACCUCAUGCAGCCCAGUGCUCUGCAUGUCGACCAUCUGGCAAAAGGAUUUCGAACAGAACAAGUACUUUGUCUACCCUGCCAAUGCUUACGCUACUUCGACCGUCGCCCUCUUCCCAGGUAUCCAGGAGCUCAAAUUCGAAGGCAAUGACAGGAUCGCCAGCAGCAUUGACCAUCGUCGUUUCUUACCUGUCCCUCGUCAUCCUUGCAACCAAUUUGUGAACUGGACCGUGCGACCAUACUUGAAGCCUCACACCUUUGACGAGAUCAUGGAGAGUCACGCUCCCACCGAGGAAGAGAUCUUUACCUAUGAUUGGGAGAUCGGUCUUCCCAGCGAUGAAGAUCUUCAAAUCGGACUCCCAACCUCGGUCAACAAGGAGAAUGGGGAUUCUGGAGGCGAAGAUUCGACCAACAAUGACCCUUACGAUGGCAUCAAAGCAACUCGUCUACUUGGUCACGACCUUCUUGCAGCGCUUGAUCCCCAAAACGUCUAUUUCUGA